UUUGUGUAGAAGAAACAUCACAAGUUCCAUACACCUUAGGCUAAGGACUAGAGGAACGAUGAGAGCCCAACACCUUAGACGUCAGGGCUGUGGGUGGCCGCUGGUCUUCUUGGUGUGCUUCUUGACAUGUAGCUCUUGGGCUAUGUAUGUGGACUUUGUGAGCAGUUCCUCCAGAUGUAUGACCGUCCCAAGGCACAUGCCUCUGUGCUACGGCAUUGGAUACACCGAAAUGAGGAUCCCCAACUUGCUGGAGCAUGAGACCAUGGCGGAGGUGAUCCAGCAAUCCUCCAGCUGGUUGCCACUACUUGCGCGGGAAUGUCACCCAGACGCACGGAUAUUCCUAUGUUCGCUUUUUGCGCCUAUUUGCUUGGAAGGGGACAGACUCAUCAAGCCGUGCCGCAGCCUGUGCGAGGCGGUAAGGAACAGCUGUGCACCAAUCAUGGCUUGCUAUGGAUACCCCUGGCCGGAGAUCCUGAAAUGUGAUCAGUUUCCUAUUGACCACGGCAUGUGCAUCUCCACAAUAACAAAUGGCACCAGCAAUCGGAGAACAGUGCCCCGAGCCAGCUGCAGGGAUUGUGAACUUGAUGAGGCCAGCAGUGCCAAGGAGAUCCUGGAUACGUUCUGUGCUAAUGAUUUCAUUGCAAAAGUCCGCAUCGCAAAAAGAAACACGACCUCGUCCUCGGUUUCGGACUUUGACAUGGAUUCCAAGGUGGACAUUUUAAAACACGGCCCGCUCCCCAAGGCGGACCUCCUCCCCCUCCUCCAGCAGUGGCUGGACCUGGACGCCACCUGCGUGCAGAACAUCAUGCGUGGAACCCGCACGGGCACUUACGUCGUCAGCGGAGACGUGCAAGAUGACAAGCUGGUGGUGCACAACGCCUACCCCUGGCAGAAAAGGAACAAGAACCUGCACUUUGCCGUAAAGAAAUGGAAGCAUCACAAGUGUCGGUCGUAGAAUCUCCAACGCGCCCCGUCUGUGGAGCGGGACGAGAAAUCACAGGACUGAAUAUUGAACUGUAUAUAAUCGGGGCUAUCCCCCCCCCUGUAAUACCAGAAGCUAUAGAUGGCUGUAAUAGAACUGGAAGAUAUCUGGAAGCUGAUAACUUCACGACAAGCCAAGUAGAAAAGAGGACCUGUCAGCUAGUAGAUGCUGUAAAUGUUUGAUGCGCCCAAAGUUACGGCGGCGUAGCGUAAAUGGGCCGGCGUAAGCCCGCGUAAUUCAAAUGAUCAAGGCAGUGGGCGUGUAACUUACUACUAUC